AUGUAUAAUCCGUUUCAAAACCAGGAUAAUUAUUCGUCCCAAGGCUCGAAUCCUAGGUUAAAUUAUUAUCAAGGGUCAAACGCAAAUUAUCAAAAUAACCCCCAAGGGAACCCGGCUCCUCCAACUUUUAACCAACACCAUAGAGCUUCGGUAGAUAUUGGCGGAUUUCAAUUGCAACCAACUGGAUCCUACGGGAACAACAUCCAAGGGACCUAUAGCCCUCCUCCCAAUAAUGGAUACCCUAACCAAAAUUCUAAUUCUAAUUUUCAACCUUCAGGUCAGCCUCAACCUAUGGAUUUCCAUCCAACUAAUUCAGUAAAUCUCUCUAGACCUCCUCCCUUACAUCCUUCUUUAGUUAGCCACACAUCUCAGAAUGCACCUAACUUAAUUCAACCUCAACACUCAGGAUAUUAUAACAAUCAGCCCCCCCCUACUAAACCUUUAGCUCCAACUGAAACAGGAUUUAUUCAACAAGUUGCGGCAGAAGGGAUUAAUAAUGAUUUAAAGAUCCCACCUAUGAGAUUAUCUUUUAUUACAGCUAAUGACCAAAGUAAAUUUGAAACCUUAUUUAGAUCUCAAGUCCAGAAGGGUGCAAAUGCCAUUGAAGGUCCAGAUUGUAGGAAAAUCCUCAUGAAAUCAGGUUUAAUUCCCUCUCAGUUAGCGCAAAUUUGGACUCUAUCAGAUACCAACAGAGCUGGCGCAUUACUAUUCCCAGAAUUUUGUUUAGCUAUGUAUUUAGUUAAUACAACCUUAAAAGGUAACCCAAUUCCUUAUGUUUUAGAUAAGAAUAUUAAGACAGAAGUUGAUGCAUUUAUUGAUGCAAUUAGUGUUAUGAUAGCAACUGAAGCUGAUUCUGAUGAUCCAAUGCCAACUACAAAUCCCUUUGGUUCAAACGCAACUCAAAGAGCUACUUCUCCACCAAGUCAGUCUAUCAGUAUGUCUAAUCCACCUGUCCCUUCAAGACUGCCUAGCUCUCAAAUUCCAACUCAGAGCCAACAACAUUCAGGUUUACAAAAUUUACCACCCCAAAUAUCACCAAAUCGUCCAGGCAUAUCUUCUCCUAAUAGAGUUCAUUCAUCACCUAAUGUUCAAAUGGGAGGGCAAACAUUACCUGGUAUUACCUCCCAACAACAAACAUAUCAAACCAUGCAAGGCAAUAUUAACGUGACUUCACAAACCUCAGCAACAAAUCCUCAAGAUAUGUAUUUUAGACCAACUGGUCCUGCCCAACCUGCACUUAUACCAAAUUAUAAACAACAAGGCCCACUAAAUGGAUCUCAACAAAAUACUAAUUUGCAGCCUAUGCAACAAUCUGAUCUACAACAACCCCAACCACAGCAACCACCACAAAACAUCCAACCUCAACCACAGCAACCACCACAGAACAUUCAACCACAACCUUCGGGGCCUUUAUCCCCUUUUAAUUUCAACAUUCAAAACCAAACGACUGGAACUUUAGGUAGUCCUCAGAUAACUGGCUAUAUUCCUUCAACAACAUUUGGCAUGCCUAUGCAGCCCACUGGUGGUAUGAUGCAACCACAGCGUACCGGAUCAAUGUUACAGGCACAGCGAACAGGUUCAGGACAGUUUAAUGUCCCUAUGCAAACCCAAGCAACAGGGGGUGGUAUAAUACAACCUCAAUUAACUGGAAGUGCAUCCACAAUCCUCAACCCCGGCUAUAUAAAACCACAAUCAACAGGAUCUUUGAAUGCUAUGAUUCAGAAUCAACCUAUGUCUUUACAAUCUCAACCUACCGGGGGAUAUGGAAUUGCUCCUCAAGGUACCGGAAUGAUGAUAUCUAAUACUACAGGUAUGCAACAACAAGGCAACCUUGCCCCAAUGAAGCCAUUAACAGCUCAGAAAACUGGUUUUGGUAAUAAUGAAAUUUAUAACAAAUCGAAUUUUGUUGCACCAGUAAGCAAUUCGAAAGAAGACACUAUUUCAGACCAAGAAAAAGCAUUGUAUAAUAAAAUUUUUGACACUUAUGAUACGAGCAGAAGCGGUUACAUCAAUUCGCCAACAGCAGUAGAAAUUUUUAGAAAAUCAGGUUUACGCCGAGAAGAUUUAGAGCAUAUUUGGAAUUUAUGUGAUACGAAUAAUAAUGGCCAAUUAGAGAGGUCUGAGUUUAUUGUUGGUAUGCAUUUAGUAUAUCAAACUUUGAACGGAAAGCCUUUGCCUCAAAGACUUUCCCCAAAUUUAAUCCCUAAACACACUGCUAUCCUAAAUAAUGUGAGAGACCAGCUAAUGAAUACAUCGUCUCAAAAUCAAAAUACAAACAAUUUGAAUAUUAAUGCACCAGCUUAUAAAAAUAAUGAUCAAGAUACAUCCUUACCAAAUUUCCGUAACAGAAACUCUAGUUCGUCAAUUUCAAUUUCUAAAACUUCUCCUCAAGAUCAAAAGCCGACUCAAUCUACAGGUACGCAACCUGUGUCAACAAAUAAUAAAUUACACGAUGCAAUUCAAAAUAGUCUAAAUGCGAAAAUUAUGACUCUACAAAAUGCUAUUAAGGAAAAGAAAAGAUUAUUGGAUGUUGAACAAAAGAAGGUAUCCCAAUAUGCUUCCAAUACCCAAAGAAAAAGUGAAAAUACUGCAAGAAUUGAAGAAGUCAAAAGACAAUUAUCUAAUAUUCAAGCCAUUCAAAUUCCUGCAAAUAGUAGCUUACCUGACAAUUAUUGCAAUAGAGUGGAAAAUAUUAUCAAAAAUGUUCCAGUUUUAUUUACAAGAAUUAAUGAUAUUGAAGAAUCUAUUACAGCUACAAAGCUCCAAUUGUAUCAUGCUAAAAAUCCAUUUAGUAAUAAUGAGUCUGACGAAAUAGAUAGAAUUAAUGCCGAAAACCAAAAAAAUAAGCAAAAUAUUGUCGAGAUUCAAAAAUCAGUAUCUGAGUUAUCUUCUUUAUUACUGUCAUCUGUAACAAAUGAAAGAAUUGGCAAAAAUUCUGGUGAAUUUGGUAGGUGGGAGUUUGGGUUGGAUCUUGAACCCCAAGUUCGUCAAUAUGUUUCCAAUGUUAAACAUAAUGAUCAUAUAAUCAGACACAACAGUUCCUCUACAGCCCCUAAAGUUUUAAUCACACAUCCAAGUACUUCCAAUAUGAAUUCAAGUAAUUCUAACAUAUCGAACUCACAUAAUAUCUCAUCAACUUUACCACAAAAUACAACUACUGAUGAUAUGGAUGACGAAGAGAAGAGAUUAGAAGAGGAAUUAGCGAGAUUACAGCUACAAAAGAGAGUCGAAAAAGAAGAAAGAAUAGCCAGACUACGUAAACAAGUCGAGGAGGCUAAAGCUUCUGCUUCUAAAUGA